UAACUACUUGCCUCUAAGCACUUAUAAAUUCCUCAAUUAUUGUUUUUUUUUCUCUAAAGAAAAAUGGGUGAAAGAUUGCGUUUAGCAGUUGGAGUAAUGGGGAAUGUCGCCUCCAUGUUGCUCUAUGCUGCACCAAUGCUUACAUUUUCUCGAGUUAUGAAGAAGAAGAAUAUUGAAGGAUUUUCAUGUGUACCUUACGUACUAGCAUUAUUCAAUUGUUGUCUCUACACAUGGUAUGGGUUACCAAUAGUAAGUUAUAAAUGGGAAAAUUUCCCAGUGGUUACUAUAAAUGGAAUUGGGAUACUUUUGGAGAUCUCAUUCAUUCUCAUUUAUUUCUGGUUUUCUUCAACUAAAGGAAAGCAGAAGGAAGUUGCAAAAAUGGUGGUGCCUAUUAUUCUAAUAUGUGUAGCGACGGGGAUUAUAUCGACGUUUGUAGUUCAUGAACACCAGCGUCGAAAAGUUUUUGUAGGGAGUAUUGGACUUGUUGCUUCAAUUGCUAUGUAUGCUUCUCCUUUAGUUGUUGUGAGACAAGUGAUCAAGACAAAGAGUGUGGAGUUUAUGCCAUUUUACUUGUCAUUAUUCUCUUUUCUUGCUAGUGGUCUUUGGAUGGCCUAUGGACUACUCAGCCAUGAUCUCUUUCUAGCGUCUCCAAAUCUGGUGGGAACACCCCUUUGUAUCCUGCAGCUUAUACUGUAUUUCAAGUAUCGAAAGAACCCUGUAAAGGAAUUAGAACCACAGAAAUGACCAGAUUUGGAGUAUAACGAUGACAAACUCAAGCAAGAAUUCAAGUUAGAAGAGAAGAAAGAUCAAUCGAUGCUCGUUGUCACUGAGAAUCUCAGCACCAAGACUUAA